GGCAACGUGGUGAGCCUCUUCUCCCGCGACUGCUCCGUGCAGCGGCGCCACCAGAAGAUCGUGGAGGAGGGGCCCGUCACCGCGGCACCGCAGUCCGUCCUGCGCGACAUGGAGCGCUGCGCCCGCGCUCUUGCCCGCCUGGUGGGCUACGUGGGCGCCGCCACCGUGGAGUACCUGUACUGCAUCGAGGAGGCCAAGUACUACUUCCUGGAGCUGAACCCGCGGCUGCAGGUUGAGCACCCCGUCACGGAGGGCAUCACGGGGGUCAACCUGCCCGCCUGCCAGCUGCUGAUCGGCAUGGGCGUGCCCCUCACCCGCAUCCCGCAAAUCCGCAGCCUGUACGGCAAGGACCCCAAGUCGUCCGAGCCCUUCGACCCCGAAACCACCCCGCAGCGCGAGCCCGAGGGCCACGUGGUGGCGGUGCGUGUGACGGCGGAGGACGCGGCGGACGGCUUCAAGCCCACUGCGGGGCGGAUUGACGAGCUGCACUUCCGACCCACCCCGGAUGUGUGGGGCUACUUCAGCGUGAAGAGCGGAGGCGGCAUCCACCAGUACAGCGACUCGCAGUUCGGCCACCUGUUUGCCCGCGGCGACACCCGCGAGGCCGCCCUGCGCGCCAUGGCCGCCGCCCUGCGCGACUGCCUGACGGUGCGGGGGGAGAUCCGCACCACCACCGACUACGUGCUCGACCUCAUCACCACGUCCGAGCUGACCGGCAACAACAUCCACACGGGCUGGCUGGACAGCAGGAUCGCGGCACGCGUGAAGCCGGGGCGGCCACCCUGGCACAUCAGCGUGAUUGCGGGCGCUGUCGUCAAGUCCGCUGCCGCAGUUGCCGCCGCCAGCUCCGAGUACCUGGGCUACCUGGCCAAGGGGCAGCUGCCGCCACCGGGGAUCAGCCUCACGCGCAUGGAGCACAGCAUGGUCAUCGAGGGCUUCAAGUACAGUGUGGUGCUGGUGCGGCGGGGUGUGGGGCUGGCGGCGGUGCAGCUCAACGGCAGCAGUGUGGACGUGGCGUACCGCAAGAUGGGGGACGGGGGAUACCUGCUGCAGGUUGACGGCGAGUCUCACGUGGUUCACGUGGAGGACGAGGCUGCGGGCACCCGGCUGCUGAUCAACGGGCUGACGGUGCUGCUGGCGGCGGAGAAGGACCCCUCGCGCCUCACCGCCUCCUCGCCCGGCAAGCUGGUGCGGAGGCUGCUGCCGGGGGGAGCCAGGGUGGAGCGGGACCAGCCGUACGCGGAGAUGGAGGUCAUGAAGAUGGUUAUGCCGCUGCUGUCCCCCGCCUCCGGCACCCUGCGCUGGGUGGUGCCCGAGGGCGGGGUGGUGGCGGCGGGCGACCUGAUCGCAUCGCUGGAGCUGGAGGAGGGGGCGGCGGUGGCGGCGCCGGAACCAUACCCGGGCAGCUUCCCCGAGCUGGGGCCGCCGCAGGUUCUCAGCUCCCGAGUUGACGCCGUGCUGUCCUCGGCGGUGGAGGCGGCCAAGAACAUAAUGGCGGGAUACGUGGUGCAGCCGGAGCAGGUUGUUGAGGACCUGGUGUCCUGCCUGGACAGUCCCGCCCUGGCGCUGCUGCAGUGGCAGGGCGAGUUCGCGGUGGUGCGCGGCCGCAUGCCGGGGGCGCUGGCGGCAGCACUGGAGGCAGCCGUGGCGCAGCACGCGCAGGAGGUGGCGGCGGCGGAAGCAGCAGCAGCAGCCGCGGCAGCGGCGGAGGCGCCGCCGGAGGCAGCCGCCACCAGCGACGGCGGCGCCAGCACCGGCACUGGCGGCAGCAGCAGCAGCAGCAGCGGUGGCGGCGCAUUUGCGGGGGGCGCGCUGGCCGGUGCGUUGGUGGCGGGUUGCGGCGACUUCCCUAGCGGUGCGGUGAUCGAGGUGAUGGAGCGGGCGCAGGCGGAGGCGGCCCCGGGCGACCAGGCGGCGCUGACGGCGGCGCUGGAGCCGCUGCUGAGGCUGGCGAGGGCGCAUGCAGGGGGCCGACAGGCCUACGCCCGCAGCGUGGUAUCGGAGCUGCUGGAGGGCUUCCUGGCGGUGGAGGAGGCGUUCACUGCCGCCCGGCGUCACGCGGGUGACCCAGGGGUCACCACCGACCAGGAGGCCAUUGACGCGCUACGCAAGCAGCACGCGGGCAAGCUGAGCGUGGUGCUGGACCUGGUG